CGUAGCUGUACGUGUAGCGGUGUGUUCCUGUCAAAAUAAAGGUCCUCUCACAAACAUUUGCUUUCCUGUUGCUGACAGUCGCACACCCACUCGCUCAAGAAUGGCAGGAAAAAAGGCAUUAGUGAUCCUCUCUAAAGGUGCAGAAGAGAUGGAAACGGUUAUACCUGUGGACAUAAUGCGUAGAGCUGGGGUUAGUAAACUUAUCGAGCUAGCUAAGUUGGUUGCGUACAACAAACACUGAUAUAGUAAAUUGAGCUUACUAAAAGCUGCACAUUAGCUAGCUAAUAUUUUAGCAGAUAUUUGAUUUACCUAGACACAGUCAAGUUGAAGCUGCAGUCCAAGUUAGUUUGACACAUGCAUGCUGAUCUAUUUUUUUUGCUCUAGCUAGCAAUGUAGGUAGCUACAGCACAGAUAGAACAAGUCUAGCAGGUAAGCUAGCUUUAUGUUGCACUUAACUAUGUAUUAUUAUCUACCUUAGCUGGCCAGAUAUAACAGGCAUAAUGAACAACUCUACAGUAUGCAGUUUUAUCUAUGGUUAAUAAGUGAGUUAAUGUGUUGUCAUGGUCUAGCUAGUGUGUUGGCACAUACAAAACAUGUAAGGUGAGUAAAAGGCCACUGCAAAUGUCAAAGGUGACUGUGCUGUAACUACUAUAGGAUAGGAAGCAGAGUUUUUCAAAUUAAAAGUCCCAUACUCCUUUGAUUAUUGGGAUUUUAUGGUUAAGGGGCAAUGUCUGCUGAUGGUCAUUGAAGUAGUUGUGUUUUUGUUUGUGUCCACAUCCUGCAGAUUGCUGUGACGUUGGCAGGGUUGACAGGCAAAGAGCCUGUGCAGUGCAGCAGAGAUGUCUACCUUGUUCCUGAUGCCAGCCUGGAGGAUGCCCGCAAGCAGGUCAGGUCCUGCCGCCACACCCUGCAGUCACAUUAGUCCACACAGCAGGCUGUUCUCUGACUGCAUAAAGUUUACAAUGCAUUCUGAAUCAAAUGUUUUCCCACUUUAAAACUUUAUUCAUUGAUUAAUGUACGGUUGAUGCAUCUGAAAUUGGUACUAUAAAUGUGUUAUCCGUGACCUUGUAUCUUUUGAUGCAGGGUCCAUAUGAUGUGGUUCUUCUGCCAGGGGGAGCUCUCGGUGCCCAGAACCUGUCAGAGGUAGGGAUGCACUUAAUGUUUGGCAUUCAUUGCAAAAAGUUUUAGCUGCAGAUUAAUCUCUCCUGUGUGUCCCUGACAUUGUCAAUAUAAUGUUGCAGGUAGAUACUGUAACAUUUGUCUCUUGGUAAUGUUUUGGUGGACAACUAACCAUAGAAAACUAUACAAAUAUAUUUUCAUAAACUAUAAUUUACCUACAUUUAAAAUAUAAUUUACUUGGUAUGCUCUUAUGAUUAUUCUUGUUGAUUAAAAACAAGCAAAUAUAAAAUUAUACAGUAUGACAAUGUGAUGCUUCAUUACAUUUAUGGUUUUAGCCCUUACAUCUACAUGCUCUGUGAAAGUUGUCCCUCAAUAACUUUAAAUUGUUUUUCAGUCAUGCUGGAAACAAUGACUCAUCUAUUGCCCUCAAGAUUUAUCAGACUGUCCAUUCUUAAUCCCUCUAGCAAAGCCGCAUUUACUGAAAAGUCAGUGUUAUAACACACUUUCUGUAUGAGUGUAGAGUGACUCAUCUCUCUGUAUGUGGCCUCCAUGUUGUUUUUCUUGUAGUCCCCUGCUGUGAAAGAGGUGUUGAAGGACCAGGAGGACAGGAAAGGGCUGAUCGCUGCCAUCUGUGCAGGUACUGUUCCUUCUGUGAGAACGCACAAAUCCACCUCUACAUUACAUUGCAGCUCACACACUCCAGGAUGUAUCUGUGUCAAUGAACACAGCAGGGGGAAGAUUGCUUAGAUCCUAAUCUUGAGUUAAAUCUGCAACCAGCGAUUUCUGUCAGACAGUGAGUGUAGUAUAAGAUUGGGACUUAGUGGGCUGUCACAUCGCCUUUCCAUUAUUAGGAAGCGGGAAACCAAUACACAAUUAGAUUAUGAUAGAACGACAUAUUAGUGCCACUGACAAAGCCCACUACCACUGAGAUUUUCUGCCUGCCUGUGCUGAUGAAGGGCACUAGAAGGAUGUUGUGAAUGAGGACAUGGGACCCAUGUGGUAGAGCAGAGUGAAGGGCGUCCUAGAAAACAUCUGAUGUCCCCACAGGAAUAUAGAAUGAAUCUGCCAAUCAGAGGACCAGCAGCAGCGUCGCAUUGUGCUCUACUAAAAUAGAUGUGAAAAUAAUGCUUUCUAUUUCUAAUGUGAACAGAGGUGUGAAAAGUGCUUGACUCAAUUACUCCAUGUAUAGCAGGUAAUGCCGUAGACCCUCCGGUCUCCCAUUUCAUAUUCUCAUCUUUCUGAACAAAAUCAGUGUGUUGUGGAAGACCAUAUGUUUGUGCAUUAUGAUGAUGAUUAUAAUAAUAAUAAUAAUAAUAAUAAGCCAGGAGUCAUCCGAUAGAGGGAUGCACUGCCUCCCUCUGUCCCAGCCCUGGCCAAGCGCUCUGUCUCCGGAGACGGUCGUUUGUCCAGCCUGGUGUCCUCAGGACGGAGCGGAGGCAGGCCUGUAACAGGAGGAGCUGGGCUCUACUUAACUGGCAGGCCCCCACUCUGCCUGCCAGAGAGGAGUGUAAUCUUUAGACUGCAUGGGAAGGCAGCCAAUGAGCAUGAUCAAUAGCUUUCUAUUUAUUAACAGUCUGAGGAUGAGCUUACUGCAGUGCUAGGACGUUGCCAAUGUUAAUGCAGCAGACAUAAAGUCCAUUAUUUUUUGUCUCUGUUUUUCCCUUCCUCUAAAUAUGGCGUGCAGAGGUGGAUUGAAACCAUAUACGCUAUGUGGUUAAUUUUAGAUCAUAUUUUAUGGUAGUGUGAUAUCUACUAAUGAGUCUGACUUUUAGAGGUGAUGUCACCUCAAUGGAACAGUCAAACAAAAGUUAAGAUGUAUUGAUUGUGACACCUCUGGGUUUUUGAGAAGGAAUAAUUUGACAUCUUUUGUUGUCCAGAGAGUGCCAUGUCUGUUUUGAACAGUUUGAAAUGAAUACAGAGAGAAAUAUGUUGUUCUAACUCUCCUGUCCCCUCCUCACCUCAGGUCCCACAGCGCUCCUGGCACAUGGUAUUGCCUACGGCAGCACAGUCACCACCCACCCUGGUGCCAAGGACAAGAUGAUGACUGGAGGUAAAGUUCCGGUUGAUGAAUCUAUGCACUGUAUAGCUAGUUCAUAGCCACUGUGGUUCUUGUUAGUUGGAUGUUACACAAAAUACAGCCACAUGUAGGAAAUCUUCCUGUAUGAUGACUCAGCAGGCUCAGUGUGGCAGGAAAUGCAGCAUAUUAUUGCAGCACAAUGAGCACAUCCCAAGUACUACUGAACAGUGGUGACAAAUGAUUGUGGUCCUUCGUGUCCAGCAGAGGGUGCUGUAACACGUUUCAUACUUUAUGAUAAUCAUCAGUACAAGGUCAUUAUGCACCAGCAUUUGAUCGGAUUCAAACAGUAAACACACCAACAUAAAUACUUCAAAAAUAAAGACUGCAUAUACAAAAGUUAAAUUAUGUAAUAAAAAGAUUAAACCAAAGAUGAAUAACUUGAUUUGAACAAGUGGUACUAAAUAAUCCCCAUUUGCAGAGUAUUAUACAAUAGUGUUUAUCUCUCUAUUCACCACUGUCCCUCUCCCUCCCUAGGCCACUACAAGUAUUCUGAGGCUCGAGUCCAGAAGGAUGGCCAUCUGAUUACCAGCCGUGGGCCAGGAACCAGCUUUGAGUUUGCCCUGGCCAUUGUAGAGGAGCUCAUGGGGGCUGAGGUUGUUGCUACUGUCAAAGCACCCCUGGUUCUGAAAGACUGAGUGGUGUUGAGCCUUUCAAACUAAAGCACUGUCAACUACACCCCAACUACUCCACACUGUUCAUCAUGGUACACAGGCCAAUCAUUGUGAACAAAGAAUAAUGAUUGACAGGAUAAUGUGCGAUAGUAAUAAGAUGGAUUUUAUUAUUGUCUCUUCUAGCCUUCCCUGGGACAUGUUGCCCCCUGCACUUUAAGCAUCAGUGAUUUGGGAUUGUAAUUGCUUUUGUAUAGGAAAAUCACCAAUGUUCAAUUGUAUUGAUGUAUAAUCAAAUAUAUUGGUGUCUUCACUGUCCAAAAGCAUUGAUGUAGCUUCAUCAUUAAAGUCAACUGAGCCCCCUUCUGACUCUUGGUACAGUGACGUUAUGUGUAUAUUUAUAACAAUGACACUGGAGGUAAUUUGAUGAGUAUGCCUUCGACAUGACACAGUCAGAAAUAACAAGAGCAGUAGCUACUGCCCUACGCUUUCGUUAGAAUCAUCUUCAAGCCAACAACAAUGUAGCCACCGCAUGAAAUCAAAGUAACGUUU